AUGACGUAUCCGAUUCCAUCUUCGGAUCGUCGUCAAUUUCUUAAAGAUUUUCUCGAAGAUGUCGUUCGAACCUUAAACAAUCCGAAUUUUGAAACUGUUCGGUACAUAUUCCCAAAUGCAAGUUUCGACCAAAUGGUUGAAUUAUAUAGGCAAAAAGAUUUAUUGGCUCGAGAUUUUUAUGUAGCUGAAAAUGAUUUAAGAAUUUGUCGUGAAAUUUUAAGCUUUGAUAAUAUUCAACAUUUUUCUAAAACGUUAAAGAUCGCGACCGAUCUUCAAGUUGUUUGUGAUUCUUUGAAACGUUGGAAGUGUACAAAAAAGUUUGUCAUGGAAUAUACUAUGAAUUUUUCUCAUGCUUUAAUGGGUUAUUGGGCAAGACAUUAUCAAUUGAUGAAUCCGGAUGUUGAUAAUUGGGAUUGGGUUGAUAAUGCUGAAUCGGAUUCCAACAAGUUACCACCACUCCCUUCAAUCUUUGGAGGGAUCGUACCAGAACCUCCGGAAUAUAAACCAUUAGCAAAUGAUCCAUCCAGCAUAGUCUUGCCUUAUUAUACACCAAAACGUACAUUACAAGAUACAAAUAAUAAUCUUCUUCAUUUAAAGAAAUCCAUGGAACAAAAAUUAAAAGAUUGUAUAAAUAACAAAGAAGAAGAAAUUAUAAAUUGGUAUUCAAAAAGAUUGCGCGUUGUAGGAUUUUCACCAAAAACACCAGAUUCAAUUCAACAAUUACCAUUUACUUUUAGAGGAUUCAGUAGUGAUGAACCAGCAAUAGUGACGACAGAAGAUGAGG